UCUGUCAAAACCCCGGUGCCCCACUAACCCCGCCCUAAAACGUCACCGCGUUCCGGAUCGUCAGGCCAGCUUGUGGCAUAGCGUCAGACCGUGGUCUUGACCUGGUACUUCGUACCUCCAGUGCAGCGGCAGCCACGCGCAUACUGAGGCAAACGGCGCUGGGUCGUGUGUUGUUUUGGCGUGCUAGCAGUUCGCUAUCUUUCCGCGACACGCCUAUCCUUCGAGUCCACCCUCGCAGACAACGCGCCUGGAGACGAAGAACCGAGAUCGGAACUGGUCUUGGGCAGAUCCACCUGUGCGCAUAUCUCUCCACCACGAGCCCUGCGUAAGGUGCAGAACAGUAAGGCAGCUUAGAGUACCGAUCUCGCAAGUCUUGUUGUUCGUAGUUGGGCAUCGGACCAUUUCGUAUGGGUAUAAUGCACGAUCAUCACCCGCCACGACCUGCUCGACAGACCGCACGUUCUGAAGAGGCAUGCCCACGCAGUCCGGCCAUGGCUCCCUCCUACUCGCGAUCGUUACCCUCUAGACAGCAUUCAGAAGAAUCCUGGAUAGACAUCAGCUCCAGGCCGUCCUCAUCCUCACUAUCCUCCGCUGCCGACGAAAUCAUUACGACGGGCCUUACAGUCCAGCAUGACUCGAACCUACAUAGAAGACAUAGGCGUGCACGAGGUGGAUUUCAGAUCGGCACUGGUCAUCGUGUGGCGAGCGCUGGCGGAGGGAACAGUAGCCAAGAGGAGUACGAUGAGAGCGAGAGCGAGUCGGACAGGGUCAUGACGUCCUCCAACGAGCAUAUUGGACUUUCGCCUUUGAGGCAUGAAGUCCCUCGCGGGCCUUACUCGGUUGCUUCUUCUGACACCAUGUCCGAACGAGAAGAAGAGGAAGACGAUGACGAAAACGCGACAGCCGUCAACUAUCCAAGAUCGACCCCAAGACCGACCUCACGACAGUUCCAACCUCGACCGAACGCAUUCUCGCAUCCAAGUGCUGAACAAGUUGUACGCUCACAAUCAGGAACCAUCUACACACCACGGAGACCAUCCGCGAGGCUGGGCUCUCAACGACAGCACUCCUACCCGCAACACACGCCCUACAAUGUCAUAUCGCCCAAUCACCAAGCCGACCAUGAUGAGGCGCUUCGAGCCAGCCUCUCCACACUUCUCUCUGCCGCUGCUGCAGUCAGAGGGCUUCCCAAACCCGGUCAACCUCGUGCCUCACCGGCCGCAACAUCUAGUCGUGUCGACCCCUCGUCUCUUCGCAUGGUACCCGAGUCAGUGGCAUUGGGCGAGAUCACCGAGGAAGUGAGCAACGGCUCGUCUUCCCGCGCCACGAGCAGCAGUCCCUCGGACAAGUCCAAACGCAAAGCCAGUCCAGCUGUCGCAAGCGUACGAAGCAGUAGCAGAGACCGACAUGCAGCGAAGAAGGCACGCAAGCAGAGCGCUGUGGUUGAGGAGAUCAGCCCUACACUCUUCACAUGGGUCGUCAGCGCCGGCGUUGUCGUCCUAGUAAGCGCUCUCAGCUUCUCUGCAGGCUACGUUGUCGGCAACGAGGCUGGCUACGCCGAAGCCAUGGGCCAGAUGGGCGCUGUUGGUUCUGAAGCGGGAAGCUGCGGUAAGGAGGCCGUUCGCGGUACUGGCUUGGGACUCCGCAGACUCCGCUGGACUGGCGGUGCUGUCGUUCGCGUCUGAACAAAACUUUGCCACCGUCACGGUCGACGAGACACAAACGUCACGAACACGAAGCAAGUGCUUGAUUUGCAUGAUCUCCGGAGUAAGCACGCAUGGGUGGUACUUGUCUUUGUUUGCUUUCGGCACCCA